AUGAGUGACGAAAAUGAUUUGAAACUGAUCACAAAUAUUCAAGAUCAGCUAAAUAGACUUAUGACACAACUCGCUGAUAUCGAACAAGAGAAAGAAACGUUAGAGGCUGAAGAAUAUAUCGAAAUGAAAAAUGGUACUAUGGAACAAUUAAGAGCUAUCCGAGCAGCGAUAAGUGAGGCGUUCAAAACUCCUGAAAUAGUUGCUAUUUUUGCCAAAAAGCAACCGGCAUUAUUGAGACAAAAAUUAAUUCAGGCGGAAACCGACUUACAUUUACGGAAAAUUUCUGAGGAAAUAUUCAAUGCGCGGAAAGCAGAGAUAUUUUAUGCACUUCUCAAGAUGGGUGCUGAAUUGAAUGCCGAAGAAAGCGAUUUUUUAUCUUCGUAUUCAAAACUCUCAUCUGCAAGUUUCGAAUUGGCAGCUGAAACGAAUGCUGCUUACAGUGAAUCGUUGGUUAAUGUGAAUAUGUGA